AUGACGAUUCUUCAAGUCUUGGGGACUACAUUGAUUUUGGCUUCGUUGCUGACCAUUGUGGAAGGUCUUCGUCGAAUCUUCUUCCACCCUCUGGCACAUAUACCAGGACCAAAACUUGCAGCUUUGACUUGGUGGUAUGAGUUCUAUUUCGAUGUCAUUCACCAAGGUCGAUAUGUAUUCCAGAUCCAAGAACUACACAAAAAAUACGGGCCAAUCAUACGUGUCACACCAGACGAAAUCCACGUCAACGAUGUUGGAUUUCUAGAUACAGUGUAUGCUCCGUCAAUGUCUUAUAGAGACAAGUAUGAAUAUCAGUUGAGGACUUUACGAGUUUCUGGAGGUGUGGGUACGACGGUGAGCCACGAAAUGCACAGGAAGCGGCGUGAAGCUUUGAGUCCCUUCUUCAGCAGACGCAAUGUCCUGUACCUUGAACCUUUGAUCACUCGAAAGGUUGAACAAUUGUGCCAGGUGAUUGGGAAGCAUGCAGUGGAAAAGAUACCAGCAAAUCUGUCCGAUUUAUUCUUCGCGUUCUCCAAUGAUGUAGUCACAAAUUUCUUGUUCGCUCAUCAAUCGGAUCUUUUGUCAGAUGAGGGAAAAGUUGCUACACUACGCGAGAAUAGUAACUCUCUUCUGAUGGGGAUAAACAUCAACAAGCACUUUCCAUGGCUACCCGAUUUCUUGGAAUCGCUUCCAUUGUCUAUAAGCAAGUCAAUCAUGCCACCUGGACUCAUCGACAUGCUUUCACUGUUUGACUUGAUGCGAGAAGAGCUGCUGAGAAUUAUGAAAGCUAAAUCUUCGAAAGUCCACGAUGAGAAGCCUCUUGGGCCAACAGGUAAAGAGUCCGUGUAUGCCUCCGUUCUUGACAGCCCGGUGCUACCUCCUUCCGAAAAGGCUCUUCUUCGUCUUGAGCAGGAAGGCGCACUGCUAGUCCUCGCCGGAGGUGAAUCGCCUGCGAAGACCCUGAAUGUGAUAUUCUGUCACUUACUCUCGAAUCUUGCCAUUCUUAGUAGACUUCGUACUGAGCUCGCGACUACUUCAGAUGACGCAUCUUGGAAUAGACUCGAGCAACUGCCUUAUCUGUCAGCAGUGAUCGAGGAAGGCAAUAGACUUUCGUUUGGUGUCACUGCUAGGGCAGCACGUAUUGCCCAAGACACACUGACUUACAAACCGUCCCAGUACGUCACAUUUCCUGUCAAAGCAGGGACAUCAUAUACUAUCCCUCCUGGAACUCCAAUUAGCAUCACAACUCUGAGCUCACAAACGGCGGAAACUGUGUUCCCUGACCCUUUCGCAUUUUAUCCAGGUCGUUGGCUCGGCGAGGAAGGCCGUGAACGCCGGAAGUUCCAGAUGGCGUUUGGAAAGGGAGGACGCAAAUGCUUGGGAAUCGAACUUGCACGAGCUGAAUUGUAUUUGGUUGUAUUUGCACUGAUCAAGAAGUUCGACAUGACCUUGUGGCAGACGGACGAGAGUGAUGUGGCAUUCGUGCAUGAUUUCCAGGUCGCCAUGCCGAAAAUGGAAUCAAAGGGGGUUAGAGUUAUGGCUGAGCUCAUCUGAGCUUUCAAUGUGAUCGAUAUAUCGGGAGUGGAAAGAAAGGCUAUGAACGAUGAUAUCUAUUGAGUGGUUGGCUUCGUAAAGGCGUGCUGACAGUAACAUGAUUGAGGCCCACGUCUAAUCACUUGACCAAACCGGGGACGAUUAUUGUGAUCCAUCAUAAGCAACACCACAGGAGUUG